UUCUCGCGUGAGAUAAAAUCUCACGACUGCCCAACACUGCUCUUGUACUGUAUUUACUGUACAUCCGAGAGCAAAUAUGUUUUUCUUUGUGGUUUCUUACAUUGAAGCUUGGGGAGCCACCGUCCACGUGUGACUAUGCUUGAUACAUAGUAAUAUUAUUUUUACCAGUUUCAAAAUAAACCAGUUUGCUUUUAUGAAUAAGUAUUUGCUCGGUAAAUAUUUGUUAUUUGUUGAUUUUAAAAAUGUUUCCUGUGAAUUAGGCAGUGUUAUGGCUAGUGAUAGAGGACCAUUUCUCCUUCGCUACCAUUUUUCCCAGAUAAACUAGAUUUGCUGCAAGAUGUACAUAUGCUAUUCACAUCAUCGAUCAUAUACAAGGUGGAUAAAAUAUGCGAAUAACGAGAAGAAAGCGAUAUAUAAAUUGCCUUCAGUUUCAAAAACCGGAACUUCAGAAUUGGGUGGAAGAAGUUCAGGCUCAAUACUUCGAUAUGAUUGAAGUUAUUUAAAAAUUUAGAUCGAAAUUUUUUAACUUUGAAAGGUAAUGGGUUACCAACAAGUGGUAAUCAUACAAAAUAAAAGAUCACUGAGUAUACAUGAAUGUUGCUCUGGGUUACAAGUGACUGAAUCUAAACAGAGCAAACAUGCGCAGAGUAAACAAAAUAUCGAAUCUUCAGCAUAAUCUUCAAUAGAGUUCCAUAUUUUUAUUAUAAGUAUUACAUAGUAGUUAAAACAAAUAUUACAUAAUGGAUACAUUUCCACUGAAAAAGGUAGAAUUACAAACUGAUGUGUAUAUGACAUGCUUGCAACAUGCCUUAUCAACGGAAAAAUUUGAAGUAAUGGGUCUGUUAAUUGGGGAUACAGCAAAUGGCGUUGCAAAAAUCACAGCAAUGAUUAUUUUGAGACGUUUGGAUAAGAAGAAGGACAGGGUAGAAAUUUCACCCGUACAAUUAAUGAAAGCUGUUACAGAAGCAGAUCACCUAACAGAACAAUUAAAACGUCCUGUACGUGUACUUGGAUGGUAUCAUUCACAUCCACAUAUUACAGUUUGUCCAUCGCGUGUUGAUGUUAGGACACAGGCAACCUACCAGAUGAUGGAUAAUGCCUUUGUGGGUUUAAUAUUUUCAGUAUUUUCAGAAAGUAAAGAAACUAAGGAGCAAGAAAUUGCUUUAACUUGUUUUCAAUCUCAUAAUGGAGAAGCAACAGAAAUUCCACUAGAAAUUGUGUACACUCCAAUGAUAUCGAAUAUAUGUUUAAAAACUAUGACAGAUUUGUUAAAAAUUUUGGUACAAGAAGAAGAAGAAAUGGCAGAAACAUAUCAAAACUAUGAGGAUAUCCUUGCCAGUAUACACAAUACUGCUGUGAGAACGCGGUCAUUGGUUCACAUAACAGACAUAAUUACCAAGCCUUUGGUAUUAAUGUUUGAGAAAAGGAUAGCUUUAAAUAAAUUACGUGCUGCUCACCUUCGAAGACAAUUACAAGAAUUACAAAAAGUAUGCAAUGGAUAAAAACUUCUGAUACCGUAAAAAAUAAUGUUUCUCCUUUUCCUCAUGUAUUCUAAUCUAUCUUAAAUUCGAUAUUUCGUUAUUUUAUAAUAUAAAUUUUCACUCAUA